UUUGCCUUCGUGGAGUUCGAAGACCCGAGGGAUGCAGAAGAUGCUGUCCGUGGACUUGAUGGGAAAGUGAUAUGUGGCUCCAGGGUUAGAGUGGAAGUGUCAACGGGGCGCUAUGAGUGUGGUGAGAAAGGCCCCUAUGCUUAUGAUUGUCACCGCUAUAGCCGCCGAAGGAGGAGCAG